AUGGGCGCAUGGGGCUUUGCGCAGCCGCGUAUCAACAGUCUCAUGCAGUCUGAAAACCGCAAAAUCCGCUACACUGGUCGUCACCCGUCUGCCUCACCGGCUACCGGUAACAAGUACACCCAUCUUCAGGAACAGGAACAAAAGGACAUGAUGAGCAGAACAUUUGGCGUUCCUAAGACUCAGUUAGAUGGUUUCAAGGUGUAA